AAAAACCCGAAAGCAAUAGGGUUAUAAAUCAAUUAACAAGCUCUGCCUGCUCAUCCUUUUAUCUAGAAUUCUUCAGCAAAAACACACGCCAUUCAUGCAUGAUUAUCGUUCGUUCUUCGGAGGAAUAUGAGUGAAUCGGAUGAUGAAGUGCCACAGUUAUCUGAGCACGCUCUGGCAGCACUGCAAGAGUUCUAUAGUGAACAAGCAGCUGCAGAGCAGAAUUUUACGGAAGCACUGACAGGAAACCUGCACGAUUUUGCACCACAAGAAAACUGGCAAUUGAGUCAAUUCUGGUACAGCAGUGAAACUGCCAACAGACUUGCAAAAGAGGCCUUGAUCUUGGCUGGGGAAAAUGGAAGGAUAGCAUGUGUUAGUUCACCAACUGCAUAUAAACGAAUAAGAGAACUAAAACCAGAGGGGGUUACAGUCUACUGCCUGGAGUAUGAUGAGCGGUUCAAAGUAUUCGGCGAAGACUUUGUGUUCUAUGACUACAAGGAACCGUUGCGUCUGCCAGCAGAUUUUAAAAACAGCUUUGAUAUAGUCAUUGCGGAUCCACCCUUCCUGUCAGAAGAAUGUUUGUGCAAAACAGCCAUGACUGUCAAGUACCUUAUGAAGGAAAAAAUUAUUAUCUGUACAGGUGCAGUAAUGGCAGACGUUGCUGAAAGAUUAUUGGGAGUUAAACCUCAACCUUUUCGACCUACACAUUCAAAUGGUCUUCAGAAUGAGUUCCGGUGUUUCACAAACUAUAAUACUCAACUUCUCAGCCAAGAUUGCUAAAAUUGCAAGAGAGCUGUUGGUUGUAAAUAAAGAAUAAAACAAAUUAGCUAGACACCACUUUGUUUUCAGGCACAAGAAACAAUGGACCACAUAAUUUUAAGUGAGGGGAAACAACUUCAUUUUAUUUCUAAUCACCCCCAGUGGUGUAUAGGGCUGCAACCACACCAUGCCAUCAGACCCAAUUCAGGGUGUCCCUUUCCAGUUGGGACCAUGUCAUGCCAGUUGCCUCCACCUCGCUGUGGACCGAUCUCCUCCAUGUCUGUCUGGGUCUCCCAACCCUGCGCCUUCCCUGUGGGUUCCAGCCCAGAGCUUGUCUUGUUAAAUUGUUGGCCGGCUUUCGCAAGGUGUGACCUCAGAGCCCAUUCUUGGUCGCCACCAUGAAGCAUAAUCAGUUUCUGAUUGUAGCACUCCCUGUUUUGUAAUGAGUUUUCACAAUAAGAAUGCAUU